ACUGCUCCCUAACCCGGAAGUGCUCGCCUGCUUUAGUUUUAGUUUGUGGAAAGAUGACUUUCUUUGAAAAUGAUCACCUUCGAACAGAAAGGUUCAAUCUUCUUCUUCUGGAGCCAGGAGAAAUCUACUUUGAUGACUUCAGUGUCUAUUACUUUCCUGCGCAACAUAGCAGAGAUCAUGCUGACUUUGAUGAAAACAUAAAACAGAGAGGACACUUAAAGAUUUGUUCAAAGUCAGCUGUGUUUGUACCGAAGGAGAAAGAGCAUCCAAUUUUGAAAUUCCCACUGAAAAAUGUAACAUCUAUUGAAGAGUUCCCAGGAAACUUAAAAUCAAGAUCUUUUUCAAGAGACAAGAGUUUAAAAAUCACAUCAAGUGCCUUUGUUGAAAUGAAAAAGGAUAAUGUCAUCUCCCCAUAUGGUUUUCAGAAGGGAGAGCAAAGCCAUGUUUUUUGUCUGAACUAUGUGACUGUGGAGGAUUGUCUGCCGCUACUGUGCCAGCUCCAUCGCGCCUCCACCCUACCCCCCGCUGACCAGAACUCAAUGAUCACUGCCAUUGUUCAAUCAAGGCAGUCACGAGUGAAAUUCAACACAAGCUGGUUGGAUGACUUGUAUGAGAAAAUUGAGCUUGAGUGUCAGGCAGACAAGAUAACUCCGCUUGUGACCAAUCCAGGCAGAGUUAUGGUUACUACAUCAAGGCUCUAUUUCCAACCCUACAACAAUGCAGAAACUACAACGCUAAUUAAAGUGAGGCUGAAAGACAUCCAGUCUAUGACAAAGAGAAGGUUUCUGCUGAAACAAAUUGGUCUGGAAAUUAUUUGCAGGGAAUCAGCCUCAUGUCCACAUCUGUACCUGUCCUGCAAGUCUCCAGCUGAGAGGGAUAACUUGCAUGACAAAAUUAUGGCUCAGAAAGACGUAAGUGUGGAGAGUUCCGAGCAGCAGGACAUGACAUUGAAGUGGCAGAAUGGUGUCAUAUCAAACUAUGACUACCUUAUGUACUUAAACAGCGCUGCUGACCGGAGUUUCUAUGACCUGACCCAGUACCCUGUCAUGCCCUGGGUGAUACAGGACUUUACCAGCACAAGACUCGACCUGGAAAACCCAGAAACAUUCCGAGACCUCAGCAAGCCCAUAGGAGCCCUGAGUGAAGAGCGACUUGCAAGGAUGAAGGAGCGUUACGAUGACAUGCCUGAGCCGAAGUUCCUGUACGGAGCCCACUACUCAACACCAGGCUACGUACUGUUCUACUUGUCUCGCCUGGCCCCAGAGUAUGUCCUCUGUCUGCAGAACGGCAAGUUUGAUCAGCCAGACAGAAUGUUUAACAGUCUGUGGGAGUUGUGGCAGAACUGUCUACAUGGAGCUGCAGACUUCAAGGAACUGAUUCCAGAGUUCUAUGAGAGCAAUGGAAACUUCAUGGUCAAUACUGGAGUGUGUAACUUUGGAGUGAGGCAGGAUGGAAGACCUGUAGGCAAUGUUGAACUUCCUCCCUGGGCAGAGGAUUCUUAUGCGUUUAUUCGAAAGAUGAGAGAGGCCCUUGAGUGUGAUUAUGUCUCUAAGCAGAUACACAACUGGAUUGACUUGAUAUUUGGCUACAAACAGAGGGGAGAGGAGGCCGAGAAGGCAGAUAAUGUGUUUUACUACAUGACAUAUGAAGGAGCAGUGGAUCUAGACAGUAUAACAGACCCAAAUGAGAGAGCGUGCAUAGAGAUCCAGAUAAUGGAGUUUGGGCAGGUUCCCAAGCAGUUAUUUACCACCCCCCACCCCGUGAGGCACGGGGCGAGGAUUGAGCACCCGAUCUCCGGGAGUCAUAGUGUUGCCGCUGCCAACGGAACGGUCAAGGACCAGUCGUGUCUGGUAGAGAAAGAUUGUGAUAAAGAAAACAUGUCGGAGACCAAUAAGGUUUUACCAAGAAAGGUUGAUUUUUCAUCACUGAAUGAGGUUUUGCGUUUUUCCCUUCAUAAACAAGCCAUCACAGAUGUUAAGCUGUGUUUGAAAAGAAAAAUGGCCUUCUCUGUCUCUCAAGAUGGGCUGUUCAAAAUGUACUCCCUAGAAGAACAAAGACAGCUAAGGAGUGUUCCGCUAACCAGUAUGGCCCUGUCCUCGUGUGUGGUUCUACCAGAUAGCAAUACCGUAAUUGUGGGUUCCUGGGACAAUAAUGUGUAUUUUUACAGUGUUGAGUAUGGACAUGUACUGGACACUCUGCAGGCACACGACGAUGCUAUAUCUUGUAUUACCUGGAAGAACGACAUGUUGUUUACAGCCUCAUGGGACUCCUCCGUAAAAGUUUGGCAGUUUACAGUUCCUUUGUCACAGAACGACUUUUCUGCAGCAGAAUUCCUGCUGCAGCUAGACCAUGACUACAGUAUAUCAGACGUAGCUGUGGACGACAGUUGUGCCACGAUGGUGUCGGCCACCAAGGAGGGUCAGAUCUAUGUGUGGGACCUCCUGACAUACUCACUCAACAAUAUGUUCCAUGCUCAUCAAGGAAAAAUCAACUCUAUACAGCUUUUAUCAGAUCGACGCCAGAUAAUUUCCUGCGGAGAAGACCGGUAUCUGCGUGUCCUUGACCUUGACUCUGGCACAGCGAGCUUCGUGAAGGAUAUGAAAGAAAACGUUCUGAGCCUUGCUGUGUGUUACCAGCACGUGGUUGUCGGACUGGACGGCGGGCAGAUUCAAGUCUGGGACAUGGAGAGGGCCAUUCUCCUCAACACAUGUCAGGCUCAUACAGGAGGAGUGACCUGUCUGCACAUAUCGGACGACCACACUUUGGUGUCAGGAAGCAUGGACAGGUCUGUGUGUCUAUGGCGGCCAGCGUUCCGGUGACCUUGAUCAUGGCUGUGUUGACCAAUGACCAUACCACACCACAUUGCCGAAAUGACUGUUGAUAUUUGUUAUUUAUUUGUUAAAUUCAGUAAUUGUUUUAUUUUUGAAGACACUCUUUUGGUUGACAUCCUAGUGAAAAAGAUAGCCUGAGUCUUGGCAAAGCUAUAAGAACUCAGCUCUCUAUGCAAAGGAAUUAAUAAACCUAUAAAAAUCA